UGUUCAUCUGUUUGACCCAGCGAUUGAAGAACUGUCUAGGCUGUGUGGUAAAAGGCACUUACAAAAUAAGUUACCAAGCGGUGUAACUUUCAUAUUAGAAACCCUUGGGCCUACCACUUUCAAAAGAACCUGCACAGAACCAUGGCUGUCUCGCGCACGUAGAGGUGAAGGGUGAUGGUGGGGAAGGGCCUGGAGCAGUGGUGGGGAUAAGUCGUUGGGGCGAGGUGUCUUUCCCCCCACUCUGACUCUCCUGCUGUCCUGCAUGCACGACUCAAACAGGACUGAAGAUAAUCAACCAAUUUUGAAUUACAAUGAAGAUAUCUUAGAACAUGAUUUUGAAUCAGACCCGGAACCAGACUGCAGCAAAGAUGAUCCGCCAAGUCUACUACAACCCCUCAUUGUGGAGCCUUAUUCGUCGGAAGAAUUGAAAAAACUAAGGGAAAAUGUAAUGAGCGGUAGGAGAAUGGUUGAUGUUGGCCACAUUUUCCGGCAACUACAAGUUAUCGCUUCCCACCCUAUGAAAUGUACAAUGGGGAAGUAUGAACUGAAAAAGGAAAUUAGAAGUGGAUUGUUCUGCACCUGGAGUUUUUACUGUGACAACUGUGAAAAGACCUAUGUAGUUACCUCAUUGCCUGUUGAUGAAAAACAUAACGACAAUGAUGCUUUGGUAUGGGGAGCAAUGUCUAUUGGAAUCGGCUUCGCUCAAUUAGAGGAACUUUUCAGCCUUUUGGACGUUCCUGUAAUGUCACAGGAAAAAUAUAUACACCACGAAAAAAAGGUUGGAGAUGCGUGGGAGACUAUUCUGGUUCACAAAAUGCAACGCAAUGCUGAGGAAGAAAAAAAGAUCGCACUGGAAAAGGGUAAUAUAUUUCAAGGCAAGCCGUAUAUCACAGUGAUUGGAGAUGGAGGAUGGGCAAAACGAUCCUAUGGCCAUGGAAUGAGCUCUAAAAGUGGAGUGGUGGUGGUGAGUAUGACAGCGAGUAUGGACCUUUGGCUGUAAACCCCGACAUCGAGGAGUCUGAGAUGGUCUCAAAAUGCUCAACCUUCCUUGACGAACUUCGGAAAGACGUUCAUUCUGGAAAUAAUAAUAUUGAGCGCUCCACCAUAGGCCAACACACAAAUCCGCUUUGGAGAGAGAAGAGGAUAAACCGGCUCACAGCUUCCCGGUUUGGAUCUGUGGCAAAAAGGAAACCCCAUACAGAUUGCCACAACAUGGUUAAAUCGAUCCUCAUACAAAGACAACUAAACACU